GCAUGUCAGGUGGGCUUCCAGAACAACCCCCGCGAGGGCGCUGCUCGGUCUAGCCGCCCCACCACCCUUCCAGGCACCCCAGGCACCAUGGACGCCCCUGGAUACAACUGCUUUGUGGACAGAGACAAGAUGGACGCUGCCAUCCCAGACCUGGGGCCCAAGGAGCUGAGCUGCUCUGAGCUGCAGGAGCUGAAGCAACUGGCACGGCAGGGCUACUGGGCGCAGAGCCAUGGCCUGAGGGCAAAGGUGUACCAGCGUCUGAUCCGAGACAUCCCCUGCCGCACGGUCACACCAGACGCCAGUGUGUACAGCGACAUCGUGGGCAAGAUCGUGGGCAAACACAGCGGCAGCAGCCUGCCCCUGCCCGAGUUCGUGGACAACACACAGGUGCCCAGCUACUGCCUGAACACACGGGGCGAGGGUGCCGUACGCAAGAUCCUCCUGUGCAUUGCCAACCAGUUCCCUGACAUCUCCUUCUGCCCCGCCCUGCCCGCCGUGGUGGCACUGCUGCUGCAUUACAGCCUGGACGAGGCCGAGUGCUUCGAGAAGACCUGCCGUAUCCUGGCCUGCAACGACCCUGGCCGGAAGCUCAUCGACCAGAGCUUCCUGGCCUUCGAGUCGUCCUGCAUGACCUUCGGGGACCUGGUGAACAAGUACUGCCAGGCGGCCCACAAGCUCAUGGUGGCCGUGUCCGAGGACGUCCUCCAGGUUUACUCGGACUGGCAGCGCUGGCUCUUCGGCGAGCUUCCCCUCAGCCACUUUGCCCGUGUUUUCGAUGUCUUCCUGGUGGAAGGCUACAAGGUGCUCUACCGUGUGGCCCUGGCCAUCCUCAAGUUCUUCCACAAGGUGAGAGCCGGACAGCCCCUUGAGUCGGACAACGUGAGGCAGGACAUCCGUGCCUUUGUCAAGGACAUCGGCCGGACUGUGUCCCCAGAGAAGCUGCUGGAGAAGGCCUUCGCCAUCCGCCUCUUCUCCCGCAAGGAGAUCCAGCUGCUGCAGAUGGCCAACGAAACAGCUCUGAAGCAGAAGGGCAUCACAGUGAAGCAGAAGAGUGUCUCGCUUUCUAGAAGGCAGUUUGUGCACCUGGCCGUGCACGCUGAGAACUUCCGCUCAGAGAUCGUCAGUGUGAAGGAGAUGAGAGACAUCUGGUCCUGGGUCCCCGAGCGUUUUGCCCUCUGCCAGCCGCUCCUGCUCUUCUCCUCCCUCCAGCACGGCUACAGCCUAGCCAGGUUUUAUUUCCAGUGUGAAGGACAUGAGCCAACCUUGCUGCUCAUCAAGACCACGCAGAAGGAGGUGUGCGGUGCCUACCUGUCCACAGACUGGAGCGAGAGGAACAAGUUUGGAGGCAAACUAGGCUUCUUUGGGACAGGAGAAUGCUUUGUGUUCAGGCUGCAGCCCGAGGUGCAGCGCUAUGAGUGGGUGGUCAUCAAGCACCCGGAACUGACCAAGCCGGCGCCCCUCACGCCCUCAGAGACCUCUGCCUCCUCCCAACUCGUCCACUCCGUCUCCUCGGACCCUGCCGACCGGCUGUCACCGUUCCUGGCUGCCCGGCACUUCAACCUGCCCUCGAAGACCGAGUCCAUGUUUAUGGCUGGCGGCAACGACUGCCUCAUUGUUGGGGGAGGGGGCGGCCAAGCUCUCUACAUCGAUGGGGACCUGAACCGGGGCCGCACAGGGCACUGUGACACCUUCAACAACCAGCCGCUGUGUGCUGAGAACUUCCUCAUCGCUGCCGUGGAGGCCUGGGGCUUCCAGGACCCUGACACCCAGUGAGCAACCACUGCAGAGCCUGAAGCUGUCAUGGGCCUCACUGUGCAGUUACACCCAGGGAACCUGUGUCACUUGGUCCCCAGCCAUCCUGCUGCAUCUCCACAGCCUGAACCAGAGGACCCUUAGAGCCUGCCACCCUCACCUAGCCCCAUGCUCCCCCAAGGGCCCUGUGGUCACUGAGCAGCCCUUGCCCACUGCAGGCCCCUCCU